UAGAAAACUGCAAACGUUACCUACGGCACCGUUCUGCUACCCACUUCUGCCCACUUUGAUGUACUCCUCAAAAACGCAAGCUCAUCAACGUCGCGCCUGGCUUUCUGAAUAAGGGAAUCGAUUAUAAUCUAGUCACUGUCUAAGAAGACUGGAGGGUUCGACGGUUAGACUACCAUAUCUAACUAUCACCAUACAGGAGUCGGCUUCCAUGUCAUUGCUCUAGGUUGUCGCAGUCAAUGAAUUAGGAGAUGACCACAACAAUCGUGACUGGCACUGGAAGACGUUCUUCUAUACGGCUACCUGACCUUCAAGCUCCGGUAGCUUCGUCCAUCUCACAACAAAUGACAAGUCCGAUAGACAAGUUCCCGCCAUUCAUUGAUGAGGUAUAUGAAACGACAGCCGAAUCCAGGGAGACACACUCAAACACUUCGGUCAGAUAUGCGCCGACAGAUCGCUGGGAGCCGCGAAAACAAAUCCAAUUUCCCCGAGAUCAUAAGCAUGGUCCUGCAUUGAAUUCGAAGAGAAGGUCAAGAAAAAGUAUAAGCGAGGCGUUUAGCACAAUAAGAACUCGCAAUGGUAGUGUUAGUGCCAAUGCUCAAGAGUUGGCCGAGGCUCUUAGAGCUCCGGUAUCGUACAAGUUGAUAGUUCUCUGUCUCAUUUGGUAUACGACCUCCGCUCUGACGAAUACCUCAUCGAAAUCCAUUUUGAAUGCCCUCCCGAAACCAAUAACUCUUACAAUCAUACAAUUUGCUUUCGUAGCAUUCUGGUGCUUGGUAUUGUCAUACCUGUCGACCACGCUACCCUGGCUAAAAGACAGCAUACCGGCCCUCAAGAACGGCAUUCGUCCCCCAUCCCGUGACGUUGUCAUGACGGCUUUGCCUUUGGCUGUGUUCCAGUUAGCCGGCCAUAUACUUAGCUCCAUGGCUACUUCACAGAUUCCUGUCUCACUCGUCCACACUAUCAAGGGACUCUCGCCUCUUUUCACAGUUUUGGCGUACCGUGUGUUCUUCCGGAUCCGGUAUGCCAGAGCAACAUAUCUUUCUCUUGUCCCAUUGACCCUAGGUGUAAUGCUUGCCUGUUCUACAGCCGUUUCAACAAAUUUCUUCGGCAUACUGUGUGCAUUAGUCGCGGCUUUGGUCUUCGUCUCUCAAAAUAUAUUUUCAAAGAAGCUUUUUAACGAAGCGUCCCGUGCGGAAUCAGAGGCAGAAACAUCCAGCCGAAGAAGACUGGAUAAGCUGAACUUGCUUUACUAUUGUUCAGGAUUAGCCUUCAUUCUUACAUUACCUAUAUGGCUUAUAUGCGAAGGAUAUCCUCUAAUCUCAGACUUUAUGCAGGAUGGCGCCAUUUCAUUGUCAGGAAAUAGAGGCUCACUUGAUCAUGGCGCGCUCUUCCUUGAAUUCGUAUUCAAUGGAGUGUCGCACUUCGCACAGAAUAUACUGGCGUUUGUUCUCUUAUCUAUCAUUUCACCAGUAUCUUACUCCGUCGCGUCUUUGGUGAAAAGAGUUUUCGUGAUUGUCGUUGCGAUCAUUUGGUUUGGAAGCUCAACAACACCUAUGCAAGGUUUUGGGAUCGCUCUUACUUUCGUUGGGCUCUACCUCUACGACCGCAAUAACCAUGAUGACCUGGCAGAUCAGAGAGCAAAUUCCGAUCAUUUUCGCACAAGGGAAACCGUCCUCCCACUGAAUGCUCGGACCACAGGCAAAACAUGGGACUCAAGUGGCUAUGCUUCCUUAGCAAGCAAACUCUCUCACCAUCAGCCUUCAGGUGGCCCUGCCUCACAUAUGAGUGAUCCCAAAAAGGAAGAUGAUGAACAGGGUCGUGCUCGCCCAAGAGGAAGCAGUAGCUCCAGAGUGUGGCUACCUCCUGGCACGAAGCAAAAAACAACUUGGCAGCGGAAUCAUUCCUAGGUGCCUCUUUUCUUGCCAUUGUCGUCUUUAUUCUACGAUAUCCCAUGUCUAUUCUUUGUUGAGAUCUAACUGUAACAUGUUCUGGUGAUUGCUAGUGGGCAUGUAUUGAUACUAUGAAACACAUUUUUUUGAGCAUGGCGAAGCCAUACAUACCAUAUAGGCCAGUUUUGUCCACCUGGAUAUCCUAGUGUACCUUUUUGGAGAACUGUCGAAAUAUCAGGUAUAAGACUGU